AUCGAAGCACUUCAAAAGUAUUUUAUCCUCAUUCAACGACUCAUGUUAAAAUUAAAAGAGAAAAAUGUUCCUAAGAAAUCCUAAAUUAAUAAGAAACAUUUAUAGAAAUGGAUUGAGAUGUUUAACGACACAAGAAAUUAUUGCAAGAGAAGAUCGAUUUGCUGCAGAUAAUUAUGAACCAUUACCGGUUGCUUUAACAAAAGGAAAAGGCGUUUUUGUGUGGGAUGCAGAAGGAAAAAAAUAUUACGAUUUCCUCAGCGCUUAUUCAGCGGUAAAUCAAGGUCAUUGUCAUCCAAAAAUAACCGAAGCUCUCAAAAAACAAGUUGAUAUCUUAACAUUAACUUCAAGAGCUUUUUUUACCGAUGCGUUAGGUGAAUACGCCGAGUUUAUAACAAAACUUUUCGAUUACGAUAAAGUUCUUCCCAUAAAUACCGGAGUCGAAGCUGGCGAAACCGCUUGUAAAUUAGCAAGAAAAUGGGGCUACUUAAAAAAGAAUAUUCCAAACGAUCAAGCAAAAAUUGUUUUUGCCGAAGGAAAUUAUUGGGGAAGAACUAUGGCGGCGAUUUCAUCAUCGACCGAUCCAACUUGUCGAGAUCGUUAUGGCCCUUUCAUGCCUGGAUUUAUUGUUAUUCCUUACGAUGAUGAGAAAGUUUUAGAAGAAACUUUAAGAAAUGAUCCGAAUAUUUGUGCUUUUAUGGUUGAGCCGAUUCAAGGUGAAGCUGGAAUCGUCGUCCCUAAACCGGGUUAUUUAAAAAAAGUUAGAGAAAUUUGUACGAAAUACAACGUUUUAUGGAUUGAUGAUGAAGUCCAAACUGGUUUGGGGAGAACCGGAAAAUUAUUGGCGGUUCACCACGAAAAUGUUCGCCCGGAUAUAGUUUGUUUAGGAAAAGCUUUAUCGGGAGGAAUGAUGGCCAUUUCUGCGGUUCUUGCAGACGAUGAAAUAAUGCUUUGUAUGAAGCCAGGAGAACACGGUUCAACUUACGGCGGAAAUCCCUUAGCUUGUAAAGUUGCGAUAGCAUCGUUAAAAACUUUAAUUGACGAAAAAAUGAUUGAAAACGCGGAAAAAUUGGGGAAAAUUCUUGUGGAGGAUUUAAAAAAGUUACCGAAAGAACUCGUAAAGGAGGUUCGAGGAAAAGGAAUGAUGACGGCUAUAGUUAUAAAAGAAACUCCUACAUUUACCGCUUUAGACGUUUGCAAAAAAUUGAAGGAUAAUGGCUUAUUAGCUAAAAACACGCAUGGUUAUAUAAUAAGAUUAGCACCUCCUUUGGUCAUUAACGAGUCCCAAUUAAAAGAGUGUACGAAGAUUUUAAUCGACACAAUGAAUUCAUUUUUGAAAUUAAAGUAAAACUUGUAUUAUGAUUAAUUCUUAAUAAAGAAAUAAAUAUAGCGCAGAUGAUAUUUGGGUUGCAUAA